UUAUCCAUAUUUAAAUGGCUUGUAUGGUCACAUUUUAUUAAAAAUUUUUCAAAAUUAUUAUUAAUAUCUUUAGUAUAAGCUUGACCUUAAUAAAUUUUGAUUUUUUUAUCAGAUAAUUAUGGUUUCUCCAUAUCUUCAUUGUAUAAUUAAUAAUUUUAAUUUAUUUACUUCUCUAAACAAUUAUAAAAUAAAUUUUCUAACUGUUCUUAACUAUAAAUAGCUUCGCAAAUAAAAUCGUUUUACUUAAAACUACUUUUUGAACAUUAGAAAUACGAAAAAAAUUAAACUAAGGUGUUUUAAAAUAAGGACUUUAUCUUAAACUAACUAAAGUGCAUCCUAUAUCAUUAAGAAUAAUUUAUUCUUUAACCGUUUUAUAUAGGUAUUAAUCGCCUCUAUACCUUGCUUCUCCACAUGUUAAAAUUAUUAUAUUAUGCCCUGUUUCGAUUAAAGAUCUUCCUAUAUAAUGUUUACUGAAAUCUUAAGAUACUAAGUUUAACGCUUCUAAAAUAUUUGAAUAAUAACUUGAUGAUAGUUCA